GGGAGACGACUUGAAUGUUGCAGCUCCAGCUGUUGUUUGACGGUGAUAAUUUGGACCACAAAUCGAUAAAAGCAUGUCCGGGUCGGGCGAGCUGUGAAGCGGACCGAGAGCAAGAGGAGGAGCGUCAGCGCAUACUUCAGCCAGCUGAAGGUCUUUGGUGGUCGGAGAGACAUGGACUCAUUAAAGAAGGAGCUGGAGGAGGAGCUGAAGCUCAGCACCGAUGACCCGACGAGCCAUGCAUGGUUCCACGGGCCACUGAGCCGAGAGGCUGCAGAGUCUUUGUUUGAGAAGAACGGAGACUUCCUGGUCCGAGACUCGAGCUCUUCCCCCGGCGACUACGUUUUGAGCUGCUUUUGGAAGGACGGGCCCAUGCACUUUAAGAUUAUACGAGUGAUCCUUCGUCCCAAAAAGGGCUACACUCGGGAGCUGUUCCAGUUUGAGGAGGAUCGCUUUGACAGUGUUCCGUCUCUGAUCCGGUUCUAUGUGGGCGGGCGUCUGCCUAUCUCCCAGGCCUCUGGCGCUGUGAUCUAUCACCCAAUCACACGGACCCUUCCUCUGCGUGUCAUCAGCGAGCGACAUGGAGAGCCCACAAGCGGCAGCAGUGGUGCAGGGAAAGAAAGACAGACUCUAGCCAACAAAAGGCGCAGCUUCAGUUCUGAACACACCGACAGACUGCACGUCAUCAAUCCACUGCUAAGGAGUGGAAGUCAGCCUGCGAACCUGGAGAACGUUGGACGCAGACCUUUACUUCAGUCUGCACAGUCUGACGGCAACCUACGAACUGGCGUUCCACAGAACACUCCUUCGAAGGACACUGACCCCGCCCCCAUCUCCCCAGUGUUUCGCACAGGCAGUGAACCCCUGCUGAGCCCUCGGCCACGGCACACACGCCCCUCCCAUCCAGGUGGUGGUGUAACUUUGCGAGGUUCAGAUGGACAGCUGCACCCCAGAGCUCCUCCUAAACCUCUCAGGGUCUCUACAGUGUUUGCCAAUAGCAUCCCUCCCCCACCCACUGUCCGGAACGUUGACCCCUCCUCUUUCUACGAUGAGCUGGUCAUCCAGGUGCCACAGGCCCGGCAGAAAGGUCAUGUGGACCGACUGCGUGCAGAGGAGAAGUGGCAGAGCCGCGCCCGCCUCACAGAGACUUCCUUUGGCUUUCUGGAGGCACAGAAUAGUGAAGAGUCAUCACAGCUGCCGCCGUUGCUGCCGCAGAAGAAGAGGGCAGAGGAAGUGGAAGACUGGCAUUUUGAAAAGCCACAUGUGGAGUCGGUCUCGUGUUUCCAGUUGGAUCAAUUUGAAUCGCUUCUCUUGCCGGAGAACAACCGACCUCUUGAUCCCGGCGUCAUUCUGACGCUCAAAGAGCUCUUCAACCGCUCAAACGCCGACGCUACAGCUCUGCACAUGCUCAGUGUCGACUGCCAGGUAGCACGCAUUGUUGGGGUGACUGAUGAGCAGAAGACGAUCAUGGGAGUUGGAUCAGGGCUGGAGCUCGUCACUUUGCCACACGGACGCCAGUUACGACAGGAUUUGUUAGAAAGGCAUCAUCUAAUAGCACUGGCAGUGGCAGUGGACAUCCUAGGCUGCACAGGGACUGUGAGCCAAAGGGCAAACGCUUUACAUAAAUUUAUCUUAUUGGCUCAGGCCCUGAAAGAAUACGCUCACAACCUCUACUCCUUCUCAGCUGUGAUGAAGGCUCUAGAGAUGCCUCAGAUAAUGCGACUGGAGAUGACGUGGCGAGCACUUAGAAGGAACCACACGGAGUCAGCAGUUUUAUUUGAGAAGAAACUCAAACCCUUCAUGAACUUGCUGAACGAUGGAGACGACUCUGUAGUCCAGGGUCCCAUCGCCGUGCCACACCUGGUUCCUCUGCUGAUGGCGAUGGAGGGAGACGACCCGGUGGAGAACAGUGAGCGAGGCUGUCAGCUUCUCUACGAUGUCCUCCAGUCGGCUCGCAGAGCCGCGCUGCAUGCGCAAGAUUAUCAGCAGCACACACAGUCUCUGCUCACAGCAGGAAGCUGGGAGCCGGUCCCUGAGCUGCUGGAGGUUUUCCGGACAGAGUUCGCCCUGCGUAUGUUGUGGGGGCAGGCGGGGGCAGCGGCCGACAGAGAGGAGCGCUACGAGAAGUUUGACAAGAUUCUUUAUGUACUCUCGGAUAAACUGGAACCCGUGGAAAUCAGCCCACAGCAACCUGAGCCUUCGGGGGUCUGUUUCACCAAGUGAAAGGUGAACGUCAGCACUUUCACCAGCGGAAGGAAAGAUGAAAGUGAAAUGUUUUUAGUUGAGCCUUGGGGCGUUGCGGGUCUCACCCCUAAGGUCACUCGGACAUAAAGGAAAAGUUAUUUUUGAGUGAGAGACUUUCAAGCUCGUCAACUUUAACUUAUAAAGGAAUGAGUUGUGUCUUGAACGUGUGAGCCCUGGGCAGUCUUUUACUCUGAAAAAGAGCUGCGUUGGAUUCAGAAAAUCUGGAACAGUUUACCCCAAAAACGAUCUGUUAACUUCUUGAAAUGUGCAUUUCUCAUACUCGGACACAGCGUUAUCAAUCCACACCACUCCGAUACUUGAGAUUCAAAAGGAUCAACACGAGUAAAACAAAGUUAGCUCCCUUUGUACACGACCUGCUGCUGUAAGGGACCACACUGGGAAUUGUUUUGUAUCUGUUUCUAAUCCAAUGAAUGUAUGUUACAUA